AACGACCUCCUGUGCUAACUCGCAGGUCAUCGUCCGAUCGGUCAUUUUUCGAAAGCAGGGCACAUGUUUCAACGCGAGAGGACGACUCAUUCUUGAUUAUUCCAGGUAAAAAACAAGUUUGUCGAGCAUUACAAGUGUUACUUUUAUUGUCAGAGGAGCACAGACGCCAUUCUUAACUUGUUUCCAUUUUUAAAGACCGGGUCUCCAACAUAUUUGAAACACAUUCGAAGCUUCACGGUCACCUAACGCGAACAACUUCCGGUUCGUUCUUUUGAUAGCCCAGCGCAAUGGAGACUACAUCACGGUAUGUACUGUUGUGUGUGAUGAUAUGUCUGGGAGUUCACGUUAUCGGUGCGGAGAAAGUUCUCAUUGUCCCGUCGGCCGUAUCAGGCAGUCACUGGUUCCCUCUAGCGUCAGUCGGCCAGGCUUUGGCGGCGAGGGGUCAUGAUGUCACCACCGUCGUCUCCCAGGACAUCGUGGCCAAACGUCGGGCGGAGAGGCCGAACUUACGGUUUGUGUCCUUCGAUGACCAGGGAAGCUUUGCGCGGAUAGAAAACCUCGCGGGCCAGAUGAGUGAGAUAUCCAAGCAAUCUAUGUUCCGUAUCUUUCAACACACACAAGAGGCGUUCCAAUACAUUUUUCAACACUGCGAUCUCCUAUUAGGGGACGGUGAUCUUAUGGGCAGGCUGAAACAAGGACGUUUUCAGGUUGUCGUCACCGAGCCAUUCAUGUGUCCGUGCGGGGCCAUAGUCGCAGCCUACCUGGGGGUACCACACGUUGCCCUCCUUCGCGGUGAUCCUUGGGGGUUUGACGGCCGUGCCACCGGCGUGCCCCGCCCCCCAUCCUACGUACCGUCUAUCAUCUCCCCUUUUACCGACCGGAUGACUUUAAAAGAGCGUGUAAGGAACACUGUUAUGUCGUUUGCAGUGACUAUGGUGUUCCAGUGGUUCUUAGCAGGCGCAAACAACAACCUCGUCAUUAAGUACCUCGGUGAGAAGGAGACUCUCCUGGGGGUUGUGGGGAAGACGGACGUGUGGUUGUAUCGAAUCGAUGUUUUGCUGGGCCUCCCGGCACCGACGAUGCCCAACAUGGUCAACGUCGGAGGGAUCAACGCCCGAGAGGCCAGUCCACUUCCAGAGGAUUUAGAACUAUUCAUGCAGAGUUCCGGCCCUGCCGGGGUCGUGGUCGUCAGUUUCGGGUCACAGGCCAAGACCAUCAGCCUGGAGAGGGCAGAGGUCAUGGCAGCAGCCUUCUCACGGCUCCGACAGAAGGUUGUGUGGCGGUACGUGGGAGAGAAGCCGGUCGGUCUGGGUAACAACACCAAGCUGAUGUCCUGGCUGCCUCAGAACGACCUCCUGGGUCACCCGAAAACCCGAGCCUUCGUCACCCAUGCGGGUUCUAACGGCCUGUACGAGGCCCUGUACCACGGCGUGCCGGUGGUCUGUACCCCGCUGGCCGGGGACCAACCCGGUAACGCCGCCCGGGCGGUGUCCAAAGGCCUGGGAGUGAUACUCGACUUCCACACGCUCACAUCAGAAACAAUGUAUCAGGGUAUAACACAAGUUAUCACUGGCAAUAGCUACCGUGAGACCGCAGCCCGCCUGUCCCGCCUGCACCGUGACCAGCCCCAGCCACCCAUGGAACGGGCCGUCUGGUGGAUAGAACACGUCAUCAAACAUGGCGGACUGCCCCAUCUCCGCGCACGCGCCGUGGACCUGCCGUGGUACCAGUACUACCUGCUGGACGUGACUGCGUUCCUAUUGGCUGUCUGUACAGCUGUCCUGGGUACCGUCUGGUACAGCUGUUCGUUCAUCUGUAGGAAGAUGUGCUGUAAAAGUGGCGGCAAGCUGAAAUCUCAGUAGAAAAUCCCAGAGAAGAGAGAUGGCAGCUAAUGCUUGUUCUCAGGAUGACCUCCAUCUGUUGUUCUUAAACAGAUAUCAACGGAUAGUGAGUUGAUGGAUACUGGUUUCGAAUUGCAAUAUUUUCAAAGUAUACCAGUUUGAAAACAGCUCCCGUUGACUUGAUACCCUGAUUUUAAAUACAGUGUAUAUAGGUUACCCCGCGAAUAAAGGUGAACCAGCGUUACUUAUGGCUCAACGGCCUUCGAUUUCAGGUUGUAAAGUUUCCUACAUGUAUAAGAAAUACCAUCAUAUUCAGAAAUCUCGGAAAUUAUAUAUUUGAAAACAGAAGAAAAAUUAAAAUAUGAUAUAAUAGGUGAGGUGAUCAAAGGAAUGUUGAUGGGUCUAACCUUCCUCACCUUGGCAAUGAUGCUGGAUGAAAUCUUUAUUAGAACUUUCAAACAUUCGAUUAGUAGCAAAUUCAUUACCCCUUAAAUCCAUUUGUCUAAACUUCAUUAAAAUGUUCUCUCCGUCUUGCUAUUGUAUACUAUGAACAAUAGCUUAAAAGGAUUAUAAUUUCUGUAUAUUUGCUUUACAAUCACUAUAAUUGUAAUGGUCAGUCGGUAUGAUUUUUUUACCUUCCCCAAAAUGGCUUGUUUUUUUGUUGUGUUUUUUUUUCAAAUCAGUGCGUCUUUUGUUGUCCGAGAGUAGAAUAACUCAAGACUGCCUUUGUGAAUUGUGUUCAAUGUUUAGUUCAUGUUUACCUGUUAAACUUUUUUCUGUGCCCAGGGUCCUCAAUAACCAUAAAACUAUAUAGAUGCUCCCUGCUGAACUGUGCCAGGAGUCUUGAAAGCUGAAUUGACCCUCUAGACCACAUAAACUAAUUAGAAGCCAUGGGGAGUCCAGCCAGUGUCUGCUGCCAAAAUUGUCUCAACUACUUGUCGACAAAAUACUGUCUAACAAAGCAAAAUGACAAAUAAGCGUGCUGCAAGGCUAAAGACACCAUACCACAUUAGGUUUGAAGAAAGACAUAUCAGACCAGUGUUGAAAAUUAAAGAUGUUGGCCAGAUUUUACUGUUCCUUUGAAUUCAGUGUAGAAGUACAUCUACAGUCUUUCCUGCACUAUCUUGCUCUCUACCUUUGUCUGAGUUACUGAAUGUCAACAUCAUUGCUAUUUGGUGUCUUACCUUUCAGAAACUAUUUGGUGUCUUGUUUUCAAAUAAGACCUGUUAUCCUCAUUGUAGAGAAUAAGAGCAUUUAUUUUGACAAAGAUUAGUCCCUGUCAAAUUUGUAUUUCUUUUACUUCGUUUAGUAGUUAUAAUAUGAGCUUUCUAUUGGCGUUUGUGUGUCUACAAAUAGAACUUGUAAUCUUGGCACCGCCUUUGCAAUGUGAGAGACUAGAAUUACUAAUGCACAGUCACCACUAGCAACUAGGGUAUAAUCUCUCAGUGCCCCAAUGUUUCCUUUUUUCAACCUCAUUGCUUCACAUUAUUUCUGUUUAGAGAAAGCUUACAAAUUUACUUUUAUGUGCGACCAAACUAAAACUCUUUAUCUAGUUGUGACUACCGAAACUCUACAGACUACAGUGUACGUAUUAGCCCUGCUAGUUAAUUGUUUGCUUUUUAGUCACUCACGUUAACAUCUGUUAUCCCCGUUUCGUCUAAGUCGAACGCAUGUUGUGUAAUCAUUAAAGGUAAAGUAGCACCUGUGAGCGCUGUGGUCUUACACGUUACGCUAGGGGGCGUGACUGCACUGUUACCUUCCACGCCCCCACUAACACUUUCACAUGAGUAUAUUACUUUUCCUACGUUUUACAAAAUAUAGUAUUAAAUUGUCUUCUUCUGUACCACCCUAUCUGUUUAAUGUUUAAAAAUUUGCUUAUUAAUAAUGUAAAUAUCAUAUAAUUUGCUCAACAAUAACCGGUUUUUCUUAUUGGACCGGUCCAGAAAAACCGGACCUGAACAAAAACCGGAUGUUGGACCUAUUGGAAAAUGAACAGAUUAUAUGAUCAGGCAUUCACACGUUUUGGG